AUCAGACAUGGAUGCUUUCCAGACAAUGCUGAAGUUCUUUAUGAACCGGAAAACCGCGAUAGGUUACAGUUUCAUGGCGCUGCUGACUAUGGGAGGUGAACGUGUCUUUUCUCUUGUUGCUUUCAGAUGCCCGUGCAGCAAUGAAAACUUCAGGUACGGCUUGGUAUUUCUCUUCUCGCCGGCUCUCGUUUUGCUAGUUCUUGGAUACUUCUUGAACAGCAAGACCUGGAAACUCUUUACAGGCUGCUGGGUGAAUCCCAGGAAAAUAUUCCCCAGAGGGAACGUCUGCCAUUUCUUUUACAUCUUUGGACAAAUCACUUUAAAUGCUCUGGUAGCCCCAGUGAUGUGGCUUUCCGUGGCUUUGCUCAACGGGACCUUUUACGAAUGUGCCAUGAGCGGCUUGGAAAAGCCUGCCUACUUACACGCGGUUUGCCACAGCAAAUCCGAGAAGUGCUUUGAAGAGCUGCACAAGGUAGCCUGUGACAAGAGCUCCCUGCCCUUUUCAGAGAGUGAUGAACUGAAAAGAACACUUCAAGCACAGUCCCGGAUGUUAGGCUGGUGUUUGAUAGUUAUCACAGCUCUCCUCUCCCUGCUCACCACUUGCUGUGCCAGCUGCCAGUCAAAAGUCAGCCACCUCCAGCUGAUGUUCUGGCGAGUGUACGAGGGGACCGAGAAGGAGCAACUGGAGCAGAUUUUCCAGCUGUAUGCCACCAAGCUGAGUGAGAGAAACCUAAAGUACUUUUUUGAAAGCAAGGAACCUGAACCCAUUUCCCUGCCAGCUUUCCAGGCAUGGGAAGAUGUUUCCUAUACUUACUCUUCCAGCAGCCAAGUUCAUUUUCCACAUUCAUUAGUUAGUAAAUAAUAAAUGUAUUGCCUU